AUGUCGCCAGACAAUCUCGGACCAGCCGUGGUCACUGUUUCAUGGAUCUUUGCUACUCUCUCUACGGCUGUGGUCCUUGCUCGGUUCUAUGUGCGCCUACGAAUUAUACGAUCGUUUACAAUUGAUGAUUAUAUCAUUGCCCUUACUCUUCUUCUUGCUCUAUGUAAUAGCAUAUUUCUGACAAUUUCGUCCUUUUGGGGUCUGGGACAGCACAUCGAAGCGUUCGAAUUACAGCCUAUGCGUAAGAUGUACGCCAUCAAGUGGGUAUACUUAUGCGAGUUUUUUUCCAUUUUGUCACCCGGCUUCGGUCGAAUCUCGUUUGCUUUUUUGCUUCUUGGUCUUAUGCCGCCAACGAAGGCGCAGCGACUUUUCUUAUGGGGGAUUAUAUGUAUCCAAUUUGUAGUGGACAUUGGGACUGUUAUUAUCAGCUUUUCUCAAUGUAGACCAAUCAAUGGAUAUUGGGAUCCAAGUGUCAGACCUAGCUGCUGGCCUCGAGAAGUUCAGCAAUACGCGGCCUAUUUCCAAAGCUUAGACCUGAUUCUAGCACUCUUCCCGACCGCGCUAUUUUGGAAUUUGAACAUGGAGUUCAAGCAGAAAUUAUCAUUAAGCUGCAUAAUGGGAUUAGGAAUCUUCGCAAUGAUUGCAUCUAUGGUCAAGACUAUCAACCUUCGCUCCCUUGCCGAAACUUAUGAUCCAACUUAUGCUAUGGCCGAACUAGCAAUUUGGUGGACGCUUGAAGCCAACUUUGUCCUUUUAGCCGUCUCAAUACCGACUUUAAGACCCAUUUUGAAACCCUCCAGAAUCUUCACACGAAGUGGAAGUGACCCUUCUACUGACGUAAACGCAUAUAACUUGAAGAAAAGAAAUCAAGGAGAUAGUAACCCGAGCAAUCCUAAGCCAUUCGAACGCUUUCAUGAUUACGCUGCUGCUACAGAAGCUAGAAAUAGCAAUAACAGCUAUCAGUAUAAUGAGGCUAGUGGUCAUACGAUGGAUCGAGCAAGUUUAACGGGUGAUUUAUCUCACACACAGGAGGGUAUACGCAAAGAUAUUACAUGUUAUCAGAGUCGUCUCCAGUAA